GGGGUGGGGAGUGUGGAAGGCGGUGCUUUUUACGUCUCCUGUAGGUCUACGGGAUAGAGGUCGCAGAUAGAUGGCCAAAGAGUAGUUUAGUUGGCAUCAGCCUCUCUGUUCAGCAGAAGCUGCUAGCAAUGUAUGCUAAAUCUUCAGUUUUAUGAUUGCGAGGGCCUUGCUAAAGCGAUGAAGGCAUUGCACUUUCCGCGCUUUGCACUGCAGAAAGCCUCCGCCGGAUUGACGACCUGUUGCUGCUGCUGCUGCUGACAAGCCGUGGCUGAAAUAGAAAGAGUCGUUGGGCACACACACACGCGCGACCAAAAUCCCGUAGGUCGAACACCCUCGAUCCCUGGCUGGGAGGGAGGGGGGUGGGGGAAUCAUGCAGCUUGUAUCCUGGCAGGCUGUGCUCUUGUGUCAUCUCUCAUCUCUCGUUCACAUUUCUUUGGAAUUACGACUGCAUCCGAAACAAGCAAACCUUGUAAAACAGGUGUCAGCAUACGAAAUUAUCACACCCAUCCGAGUGAAUGAUUUUGGGGAAACCUUCCCACCCAUGCAGCACUUCAAGAGGAGGAAGAGGAGUGUGAGUUCCGAUAUUUGGGGAACGAGGACUCAUUACAAAAUCGACGCAUUUGGACAACAUUUCCAUUUGAACCUGACGGCGGACUCCGGCUUUAUCGCACCGUCCUACAGUGUUGUGCAUUUGGGAGCGGAAUCAAGCAAGAGGUCGGAUUUGCAUAAGGAAAUGUCUGACGACAUAAGACAUUGCUUCUUCAAAGGACACGUGAAUGAUAAGAGGGAAUAUACAGCCGUUUUCAGCGUCUGCACUGGCCUUGUUGGCACUUUUCGAAUCCAUGACAGUGAAUAUUUUUUGGAGCCCCUCUUGAAACUGAAUGGAGAUGAAUAUGAAGACGAACAUAACAAACCUCAUCUAAUGUACAGGCAUGAAAGAAAGAAAGAAAAUACAUUAGUGCAAAAAGUUGUACCAUGUGGAUCUAUAGAUGAACCUAUAAAAAAACAAGUCAAUCUACAGAAUGACAGCAUCAUUAGAGAAGGUAUUCAUUCUUUUGAAAAGUCAUUCAGUUCAGAGGAUUCUUCAAGCUUUGUUAAUAAUACAAAUAAUAAAUCCUAUUCACGCACACGGCAGAAGAGAUUUUUGUCAUACCCAAGGUUUGUGGAAGUGAUGGUAACUGCGGACACCAAAAUGGUCCGUCAUCAUGGGCACAACUUAGAACACUACAUCCUUACUUUGAUGUCGGUAGUGGCUGCCAUAUAUAAAGACCCAAGUGUUGGAAAUCUCAUAAAUAUUAUGGUUGUGAAACUGAUUGUGGUUCACCAUGAGCAAGACGGACCGUCAAUCAGUGUUAAUGCAGCUACUACUCUACAUAAUUUCUGUGUGUGGCAACAAACUCAGAAUGUUUUAGACGACACUCACCCAUCACACCAUGAUACGGCUGUUCUUAUUACAAGGGAAGAUAUUUGCAGGGCAGCAAACAAAUGUGACACCUUAGGAUUAGCAGAACUGGGUACAAUGUGUGAUGCUUAUCGAAGCUGUUCCAUAAGUGAAGAAAAUGGUCUGAGUGCAUCAUUUACCAUUGCACAUGAGUUGGGGCAUGUUUUCAACAUGCCUCAUGAUGACAGAAUUAAAUGCAAGGACGUUGGGGGAAAGCAGGAAUAUCAUGUUAUGGCCCCAACCCUGAACUACAACACAAGUCCAUGGUCAUGGUCGAAGUGCAGUCGCAAGUACAUUACUGAAUUUCUUGACACGGGCUAUGGAGAAUGUCUUCUUGAUGAACCAGUAAGCAGGUCAUAUGAUUUACCUUCUCAGCUGCCUGGUCAGCUCUACAAUGCUAACAAACAGUGUGAACUCAUGUUUGGACCUGGAUCCCAAGUUUGUCCAUACCUGAAGCAGUGCAAAAGACUGUGGUGUACCAGUGCAGAGGGAAUUCAUAAAGGCUGUCGCACCCAACACAUGCCCCUUGCAGAUGGAACAGACUGUGGCCACGGAAUGCACUGCAGACAGGGGCUUUGUGUGAACAAAGAAAUCGAAAUGCGCCCUGUGGAUGGUGAAUGGGGUCUUUGGGGACCAUAUAGUGCUUGCUCCCGAACUUGUGGAGGAGGGAUUAGAAGCGCAGUAAGAGACUGCAAUAAACCAGAGCCAAGGAACGGAGGAAAAUUCUGUGUUGGGAGAAGAAUGAAAUUCCGUUCUUGUAACACAGAGAGCUGCCCAAAAGGCAGUAAAGAUUUCAGAGAGGAACAGUGUUCUGAAUUUAAUGGCAUUCAUUUUAAUAUUAAUGGACUACCUCCUUCUGUACGAUGGAUGCCAAAAUACAGUGGCAUUCAGAUAAAGGACCGGUGUAAGCUGUUCUGCAGAGUAGCUGGGACCACUGCCUACUAUCAACUGAAAGACCGCGUAGUGGAUGGAACUCAGUGUGAACCUGAGACACACGACAUCUGUGUACAAGGCCUGUGCAGGCAAGCUGGAUGUGAUCAUGUGCUGAAUUCCAAGGCAAGGAAAGAUAAAUGUGGAGUCUGUGGUGGUGAUAAUUCAUCCUGCAAAACUCUUGCUGGUACUUUCAACAGUGCACAGUAUGGUUACAACAUUGUUGUGAGGAUUCCUGCUGGAGCUACCAACAUUGACAUCAGGCAGCACAGUUACUCUGGGAAGCCAGAGGAUGACAACUACCUUGCAUUAUCUGAUAGCCAGUCUAAUUUUAAAUUAAAUGGCAACUUUGUGGUAAGCAUGUUUAAACGAGAAAUCCCAGUUCAAGGAACUGUAAUGGAGUACAGUGGAUCAGACACAAAUGUGGAGCGUAUUAAUUGUAGUGGACGAAUAGAGGAGGAGCUUAUUCUGCAGGUUUUAAGUGUGGGAAAUUUGCACAACCCUGAUGUGCGAUACUCGUUCAACAUACCAAUUGAGAACCAGAAGGAUCAGUUUGCUUGGGAUGUUUAUGGAUCAUGGCAAGAAUGUAAUAAAAUGUGUCAAGGAGAAAAGAAACAAAAAGCAAUUUGUAUCCGCAAAAAUGAUCACCUUGUUGUUUCUGAUCAAAGAUGUGAAAAUCUGCCCCUACCAGCUUUGGUCACAGAGUCCUGCAACACAGAUUGUGAAUUAAGGUGGAAUGUAGUUGGUAAAAGUGAAUGCUCAGCAAAAUGUGGCCCAGGUUAUAAAACUCAAGACAUUCAGUGCAUGAAGUACAGUGUUUCAAAGUCACAGAGUGAGCCAGUGAACAGCAGACUUUGUGGCGACCAAUCUAAACCUCCAGUCAGAGAGGCUUGUCAUGGGGACUGUCAUUUGACUAGCUGGCAUUAUUCCUCAUGGUCACAGUGUUCCAAGAGCUGUGGAAGUGGGACCAGGACUAGAGAUUCUUACUGUAUGAACAACCUUGGACGCCGUCUUGCUGAGCGAGAAUGUAAUGAGAAACAAAGGAUUAUGACUCAGACUUGCAAUGAUUUUGCCUGCCCUGAGUGGGUAACAAGUGAAUGGAGUGAAUGCCUUGUUACGUGUGGCAAGGGUGUGAAGCAUCGACAGAUUUGGUGUAGUUUAAAUGAAGAACGUUUGACAGAUAACUUCUGCAGUUCAAACACCAAGCCAGAGUCUGUAGGUGCCUGUGAACUGGCAGAAUGUGCGUCUUGGCAAGUAGGGGCGUGGGGAAUGUGUACUGUGACUUGUGGUCAUGGUUACCAGAUGCGAGCAGUUAAGUGUGUGGCGGGAAACUAUGGAGAGACUCUGGAUGACCGAGAAUGCAAUGCAGCUGCCCGGCCAAGAGACAGUCAGGAAUGUGAAAUGCCUGUUUGUCCUGAGAUUCCAAAAUUAUUCACUACAGCCCUUCCUGGGAAUCAAAGAGAGCUCUUAACCCAGUGGAGAUAUGGAUCAUGGACUCCAUGUUCAGUCACUUGUGGCAAAGGGAAGCAAGCUCGCUAUGUGAGUUGUAGAGAUACCCACGGUGGAGUAGCAGAUGAAUCAUACUGUGCACAUUUGCCUCGUCCUCCUGAAAUUUCAACUUGCUUUAGCUCAUGUGGACAAUGGCAUGCUGGAGAGUGGUCUUCUUGCUCUGUCACCUGCGGUCAAGGAAGAUCAACACGACAAGUUAUAUGCAGUAACUACCACCAUCAGAUUGAAGAAGGUCUUUGUGACCCAGAUAACAAACCUUCAACAGAGCAGCAAUGUAACACAACUCCAUGUCCAUCAGUUUACCAUCUUGUUCCAAGUAACCAGCCAGCACAUUUCCCAUCCUUUAAUUAUCAACAUCCACACAUGGACCAUAGCCCUCAAGACAGACCACAUGACUGGAAUGUUUUAGCAGCAGAUAACCAGUGGCGGACAGGACCUUGGGGAGGAUGUUCCAGUACUUGUGCCGGUGGCUUCCAGCGUAGAGUUGUAGUGUGUCAGGAUGGAGAAGGCCGAACCACAAAUUACUGUGAAGAAAGACUAAAACCAGCAGAAUCAAAAAGCUGUGAUUCUGGACCAUGCCCUCGGUGGAACUAUGGCAGUUGGGGCGAGUGCACUCAGACAUGUGGAGGGGGAACAAGAACAAGACUAGUAAUAUGCCAGCUUUCUAACGGCCAAAGAUUAAAUGAUAACAACUGUGAAAUUUUGGAUAAACCGCCGGACAGAGAGCAGUGUAACGUACAUCUUUGUCCAGGUAGUGUCUCAUGGCAACGAGGACCAUGGAAGUCGUGUUCAGUGAGCUGUGGAAAGGGGAUUAAACAUCGAGAAGUUGUUUGCAUCAGCCAGGGUGAGCUACCUGCAAAGGAGGAAGAUUGCAAACACCUGGCAAAACCUCGAUCACACAAACCUUGCAGGUCGGGCAGGUGUCCCAGCUGGAAGGCUAAUAUGUGGAAGGAGUGCUCAGUCACCUGUGGUGUGGGAGUUCAAAAACGAGACGUCUUCUGCAGAAUAAAGAAAGUUGGACAAGUUUCUGAAGCACUAUGCAAUCCUUUCACUCGGCCUGCAAUUGAACAGCAGUGUCACUCUUCAGAUUGUUCAUACUUUAAGUGGAUUACCAAAGAGUGGCAAGAUUGUCCAGUUGCCUGUGGUGAGGGGGUGAAGACUAGAAAAGUAAUCUGUGUUGAUCAGGUUAUGAAUCAGGUGACUGACAGCCACUGCAGCUCUUUGCUAAAGCCGCCUUCUUCACAGAGGUGCAAGGCUGUGCCUUGUGAAUAUGCUUGGAUUACAGGAGACUGGUCACAGUGCUCUGCAAGUUGUGGUCAGGGAGUCCAACAAAGAAUGGUCUCUUGUUCUGAAGCACACACCACUGUGGACCAUUAUACAUAUGACUUGCAGCUAUCUUCUUAUUUGAAAUGCCCUGGACCUGCUCCACGUAAUACACAGGAAUGCCACCUUCAGAAAUGUGUCACUUCUGCCACUUGGGAAGUAGGACAAUGGAGCAAGUGCUCUGUAACUUGUGGAACUGGGGAGAUGGAAAGAAGGGUUGAAUGUCUGGAUAAUAAAGGUAUACCCUCUGAGCUUUGUGCCCAGAAUGAAAUGCCAGAAUCUAAAGCUACCUGCCAAAACAAAGAGUGUGAUUUGUCAACAAGCUGCAGUGAUGUGCAGAUGAAACAAGGAUUUACAAAAGAUGGAGAAUAUCUGCUUAGAAUUAAGGGGAAAAGUGUUCAGAUCUACUGUGCUGAAAUGCAGUCAGAAUAUCCAAAAGAGUAUGUCACUUUACGAAGUGGGCAAACAGACAACUACUCUGAAAUAUAUGGGUACAGACUACAAAACCCUUAUGAAUGCCCUUUCAAUGGAAGCAGGAGGCGAGACUGUUUAUGCAGAAAUGACUAUGCUGCUGCUGGAUAUACAGUGUUUUAUAAGAUCCGACUUGAUGUAAAUGCAAUGCAGAUAAUAACCACAGAUCUGCUUUUCACUCAGACGUUGCUUGGGAGAACAGUUCCGUUUGCCACAGCAGGAGAUUGCUACAGUGCUGCCAAGUGCCCACAGGCUCAAUUCAGCAUCAAUCUCACAGGAACUGGACUGCGAGUAACUGAAACAACAAAAUGGAUGGCACAAGGAAACUAUGCUACAGUAAAAGUGCAUCGAUCACAUGAUGGUACAAGAAUAUAUGGAAGAUGUGGAGGAUAUUGUGGAAAGUGUAUACCUCAGACCAACACAGGACUUCGAGUUCAGGUCCAAUGAAUUUUUAAACAAGUUAAGCACUGUUUAGGGAACAAGAUAUCAGACUCCUUCCGUCCAGGAUGAGACUUUAUUGCUUUGUUAAAAAAAAAUAAACAAUUCUGCACAUUUUUACUGUCAAAAGAUAACUGUUUGGUACAGAAUAUUAUGACUAGAAAUUUGCAUUCAAUGCCAUAGACUCAUAAAGCUUAAAUCUUUCCGUUCGGGAAAGAAUUUUACAGACACAGGACUUAAGUUACUUCAAUCAUUUCAAGCAAAUUGAAAGGUAAACGAUGUACAGAAGCCAUGAUGAGCUUGGUUACUGACCGACAAAGUUGUUUCACAGCAGCAUGACUGACUUUUUUUUCCUCGCUGUCUUAUGCUACAUUCUCUUAAGUUUAAUAUUUUAUUUCUUUGCCUACUUUAACACAUUGCCAUCACUUGUUGCUGAGUUAUCAUAAUUUGAGGCUUUGUGUUUUUUUCUUCCAUCUUGAUGUGUUCAGUAUCUGAACAUAAACCCACACAUGGAUGAAACAAAAAUCAUGUUAUUCUUCCACAAAAACAGUCAGUCUUGCCUUGUAAGUGAACAAAAGUGCCCAUACUCAUGUUCUUUUGCUUAUAUGCAGUGCAGCCACGGAUUAGCAUUUUUCAAAGCCAGCUUAUUAAUGAUAUCUCCACUGAAUAGUACCUGACAGUGACUACGUAUGAACACAGAACUAAAGGGUGCACUUGAGAAGCUGCCUAAUAAGUAUUACACUCAAUUGUGGAAGAUUUCGGGCAUAGUCAGGUAAAGGUUUACAUGAGGUAAUCGACAUAGUCAUUUCUAUGAUUUUUUUUUUUUUUUAACUUUUGGCUACUUUUAUAAAAUGAAGAACACUGUUUUUGUUAUCUAAGAGUCAGCUGUAGGCAAUAAAACUACUGGUGCAUUUAUACCCUACCUCUCACAAGCAUGUAUAUAAAAGAGAUUUAUUUUAUUAUAUUGUAAAAUAUUUAUGUUCACGUAUAUAUUUAUUCCUUGUGCUUUGUACAUAUGUUCUUUUGUUUGACUUUUCCACCAUUUCAUAAGCCAUUAUUAUUUUUUGUUUUCUGUCACUUUUUUAAAUGUGGCAUAUUUUCCUAACAUGAUUGUAACCAGUAAAAAUACUAUAAUGACUUGUUAUGGCACUGCCCUUUCUAUGAAUUAUUAUUUUAGUUUUCUACAUGAAGGUGUUUUAAAUCAGCAUAUGCACAUUUCCAGUUUGGACUGAAACUUUUUCUACUUGCUAUUUAACACCACAGUGAUUCUAGCUUAAAAAACACAUUUUAUCUUUCCCUAGAUUUAUUUCAUUAAUUUAAGUAUGUAACUACUGUAAAUUACCUGCAAAACAUGUUGGAGCUUCCUGAGCAGCUAUUAAAAAUGUUCCUAUCAUGUUGUUGAUAGACAAUUCUGUCUUUGAGAUCUGUAUCAGAAAACGAGUACUUAAUGCACUAUGUGCCUUGAAUAUUUGUGGAACUGAACUUCAAAUACUCUGUACUGAUUUUUCUAUUUUUUAUUAUUAUCAUUUGUAUUAACAAUA